UAACAUCGGUUUCUUGCAAAACGCGUGGGUUCGUUAGUCCUUUGGCUGGCGUCAGACCUUGUCCACCACCAGCAAGAUCAUUGCCGGUGAUUGAUUGAAGAAAGGGAAAAAAAAAAUCAAAGAAAAAUACAUGAUAUUUUAGGUUUUACAUGCAGAAGCAUUAUUAAUGGAAAGAGUUAACAAAAAUGUCUUGCUCCUAGUGUUUUUGGUGUCAUUUGUUGUGAUUAUCCCGACCCUUCAUGCUGAUGACAAUUUCGUUCCAUUGGAUGGUUACUGGCAGCAAAGAGCUGCGGAGGCCCAAAAGGCUUCCCUUGCGGCCUAUGAUCCUCAUCCUGAGGAAAUCACUAGGGACUUGAACUUUCAUGUCAACAAGGUUCUGUCUGGGAGCAACAACACGAGAAGAAACCUAAAGAAGAACACGGGUCCAUGCACGGCCACCAACCCCAUUGAUAGAUGCUGGAGGUGUGACCCAAACUGGGCCCAAAAUCGCAAGAAGCUAACUGACUGCGUGCUCGGCUUUGGCCGCAACACUGUUGGUGGAAAAUAUGGUCCUUACUAUGUUGUGACUGAUUCCUCGGACGACGACCUAGUGGAUCCCAAGCCCGGAACCCUCCGCCAUGCUGUUACCCAGGAUGGGCCCCUCUGGAUUAUCUUUGCACGCAGCAUGAUCAUUAGGCUCCAUGAGGAGUUGAUCAUGACCAGCAACAAAACCAUUGAUGCUAGGGGAGCCAAUGUUCGCAUCGCUUAUGGUGCCGGCAUCACCAUCCAGUUCGUGCAAAACGUGAUCAUCCAUAACAUCCAUAUCCAUAACAUUUACGCCGGUAGUGGUGGACUCAUCAUAGAUUCUAUGAACCAUGUCGGUAUCAGGACUCCUAGUGAUGGCGAUGGUAUCUCCAUCUUUGGCUCAUCCAACGUCUGGGUUGACCAUGUUUCCAUGUCCCAAUGCAAAGAUGGUCUCAUUGAUGCUAUUAUGGGAUCAACUGCUAUAACCAUCUCCAACUGCCAUUUUACCAACCACAAUGAGGUGAUGUUAUUUGGUGCAAGCGAUAGCUUUUCUGGUGACGAGAUAAUGCAAAUCACAGUUGCCUUUAAUCACUUUGGAAGGGGAUUGGUGCAGCGAAUGCCAAGGUGCCGAUGGGGGUUUGUCCAUGUUGUUAACAAUGAUUAUACUCAUUGGCUUAUGUAUGCCAUUGGUGGUAGUAGCCAUCCUACCAUUAUCAGUCAGGGUAACAGAUUCAUUGCUCCUCCAAACCUGUUUUCUAAAGAGGUGACCAAGCGAGACUAUGCAAGUGAGAGUGAGUGGAGCAGCUGGGUAUGGAGGUCCGAGGGAGAUUUGAUGAUGAAUGGUGCGUUCUUUGUUCAAUCAGGGCCUGAGUUCGACAAAAAACCAUUCUCAAGGUUUGAUGUGAUCAAAUCGAGACCUGGAACCUAUGUGAAAAGACUCACACGCUUCUCGGGCACACUUCGCUGCAAACCAGGGGUACCCUGUUAACCUUGGUUAGGCCUUUACCCAAUUGCUUUCAAUGAUAUGUACGUUAAAGUUUCCAUCCUCAUAGUUUGAGGGGAGAUUAUAUAAAAAGAGGAUGAAAGAAACAAAAGAUUGAUCAAGGACAAAUAUUGCCAGCAGCUAGCCGUUGUAACCGUAACAAGUCUAAAAUAUAAAUUUAUAUAUUUUUA